CCCAUCGCCUAGCAACCAAGUAGCACACUUUAGCCUCCGUCAACUUUUUGCAAGCAAAUCUUUUGUUUUGUUUUCUCGCCAUGCCCAAAAAGGUGCAGAAACAAGAGGCAGACAAGAAAACAAAGAAAACGCCGAGCCAGGUUACUCCCGCCGAAGAACGAGAGCUUGGAGACAAAGCAAAGGAUUUGGAUCGCCUUCAAAUACGCUUGUUGAACGACGAGCUCGACAGACAGCAGCUGAAAUGCGAGCGCCUGGAGCAGGAGAAGACGUCACUGGUGCGUCGUUGCGUCCACGCGGAGACGGAGAAGAAGGAGGCGGUGGAGUAUCUGAAGACGGAGCUGCUGGACAAGGAGGACCAGGUGGAGCAGCUGGCGGAGCGGCUGGACCAAAGUCUGCGGGAAGCCCAAGCUGAGCGAAAUGGCCUGAGGGGACGACAGGCCGAAGAGCUCCGGGAGCUGCGGGAUCGCAUCCACCGGCUGGAGGAGGACAACGCCGGCUUAGUGGCCCGGCUUGAAGCGGUGAAGACCUUUGAGGAGGAGAAGGAGCAGCUGAAGUUUGAUGUGGCGGCUGCGCAAAAGAAGCUGGCUGAUCGGGAGGGGGAACACGCAGCCGUUAUGUACACAGUAGAAAUGGAAGCAAUGAUGGAUAAAACCAGACUGGAAAAGGAGCUGGAGACGGCGGCUGAAGCAGCAGCGGUCGAGGUGGAGCGCCUGGUGGAGCAAAAGCUGCCUGAGGCCAGCAAGCAAGCAGUGCUGGAGAAACAGGAGGCUUGGGCGCGCUACGCCAGUCUGUCCGACAAGGCCCAGCAGUUGGCCCGCGAGAAUCUCGCUCUGCGACAGCAGCGGGGCCGCAAUGCGGCCGACGUGGCUAUCCUGGAGGAAACAGUCAACAAAAUGGCGCGACAGAGCUGCUUCCGCAAGAAGGUGGCAGAGCAGCAGAAGGCUGACCUGGCUGAACGCAGUCGGGACGUGGAACAACUUCGGACUCAACUCGACCAAUCCCACGCCGAAUUAGAGGCACUCAGAAAAAAACACACCACCACAUGUGGUCAUCUGAAGGCAGAGCUACAGGAGGAGAGGAAGAGGAUUGGCCGGAUGAGAGACGCGGUCGCCGCCAUGGGACCAAGGCUCACUCCACAUACGGAGAAGCUGCUGAAACUACUGGAAGGCCCCCUCGACCCCCUCCUCAGUGACCCCACGCUGGCUGGAGACAACCCAGCCAACCAGGGGGCAGAAAGCGGCUACGGCCAACUGGGUCCUCUGACCCGACACGCUCCAAAGGCCAAAUGUGCGCCCCCACACAGGUGAGUGACUGCGUGCCGCAAAAAAAAAAAAAACCUGCCAUCUUGUGGCAUUUUCACGCAAUCACUGUUAAAAGAGAAAUGAAUGAAAUCCAGUUAUGUUUCUCACUGAAACAGUGAUGAACAUAAAGAGCUGCGUGCACUUUAAUUGAUGUUUAUUGUUAGGUGAUGACAUUGUGCAAAAUGACGCUAAUGUCAACAGAGAAAGCGGAAACGACGAUACUAGACGAACGUACAGUUUGUACAAACACACAGCAGAUGUGCUUUAGAAAAUAUACUUUGAUAAAUAUAUGACUUCAUGCGAUAUUUAUACGCGCUCGUAUUGAAAAAUACUGUGGUCUUUUUAAAUAGAUACAAAGGAUUGGUAGAAAUGUCGCUGAUGUCAGACCGGAGAUCAGCACUAUGUACACCGGACCACCAUAAGAGACAGUGAGAAAAAUAUAUUGGGGGCUGAUUUUCAUUUCAAAAAAGAAAGAAGAAAAAAAA